CAUGACAACGCGUGUAAAAGCAAUAUGGCGAAUAUUUUUGACGGCUUUGAGCGGCAGGAAGACGGAAUUUGACUUUGUUUUCAUCGCUGUUAUAUUUGUACGUCGUAAAGAACUAUGGAUCAAUUCGGUACUCUUGAAUUAUGUUGGACGCAAGGUUACGCUGGUACGAAAGUGUAUCAUAUGAAAAAAGAUGUAAUUUGUUAUGUCUGUGGAAAUAGUAUCAAGUUUGUGAAUACCACAACGAAAGAGGAAUCGAUCUUGUCAUCAGAAGGCGCUGGGAUCGCCUGCUUUGCGGUGAAUCCAACAAAUAUGGCUGUUGGCUUUGCUGAUAAAUCAAUGGGGCCUAAUAUUUUCGUAUACACAUACCCCAAUUUAACUACACACAGAGCGAAACUCGAAGGAGGUGCACAGCUUGAGUAUACAUGUAUGGCUUUUGCAAACAACACCAGCAUUGUUGCCAGUUAUUCUGGUAUCCCUGACUUUAAACUAACCAUUUGGAAUUGGUUGGAAGGUCAGGCGCUCUGCUCAAUGGAAACAGAUGGAAUCUCCUGUUAUGAAAUGUCUUUCAAUCCGUCCAGUUGGAAGCAUCUGUUGUCUGUUGGUUGUGAAGACAGCGUGUGUCUGUGGAAUAUCGAGCAGUCAAAUCAACGCUAUCUUGUCACACCCAUUGUUGUGAAACUUCCUUACAUGGAUGGUAGUUUUGAGAUAGGAGAGUAUGCAGACCUAUCAACUGUUAUAAGUCGCAUGAGCAAUCCAUUAUCAUCGACCUCUGUGAAAAUGACCAAAGCUGCAAUUGCUGGCAUUGAUAUCAAACGGUUGAACUCGUUUAUACCAGGUAAUGAAAAAGAGAGAUGUAGUGCCAUCAGUCAUUGCUGGUCAAAUGAUAACAUUGUGUAUUUGGGUUGUAAGAAAGGUUUUCUACUCUCACUGGACUGGGAGUCAAAUAAGCUGUCAAUGUUAAUGCAUUGUAACAUACAUGAAAGCAAAUCCAGUGAGAAUCAUCUGCAAAUCAUUGAGGAAGAGGAGUCUAUAUCCUCUGAAUCUUGGCAGUCCAUUUUGAAAUGGAAAGAUGGUUUACUUGCUGCUGGAAGCGACGGUGUAUUACGAUAUGUGACCAUCGCAAAACGCAAAGGAAGAAUCGAGAAAGCUGUUGAGCUGAAUAUGAACGUGAGCCAUCUCAGCUCGUGGUCAGUUGAUGAGAAACUCUCCGUUGCAGAUGAUGGGGGCGCCGUCUAUUUAUACGAUGAAAACAACACGGAGAAUCAGUUGAUGAAAGUUUUCGAUGAUCAUUUUGGUGAGAUCGUUGCAAUUGAUUGUCUUGAACAUGGGGACGACUAUGUUGUGUCUUGCAGAGACAAUGGUUGCGUUCAAAUAUGGUCAAUCAUUACAUCCAAAUUAAUAUCACAGAUCAACUUAGAACACGAGACGUCGUGUAUGGCUUGUUGUCCCGCGUCAAGUAUCAUUGUUAUUGGAACCACGACUGGUCAUGUUUACUUCGUCGAAGCAACCACGGUGGAAAGUCCAAGAAUUCUUUCUUGCGUCCUUCUUCACAAAGAACCCGUGCUUCAUUUGCGUUUUGAUAAAUUUGGUCAAGUCCUGAUCACCGCUUCAAGCGAUGGUCAUGUUUUUGUUGUCGACCCCAGAGUUACAACUGAUUUCAAAGUUCUUGGACACACUGAUAUUUCUGGAUAUGUUGCUGAUGUUAGUUGCCUCAACGUGAGGGAUCAGAAUCGUCAUGGACCGUACAGAGUUUGCGUUCUCCACAGGCCGAAUGAGCAGCCACAGAGUGGAACAAAAAUAACUUGGUUUGAACUGUCCGGCGAGAUGGUGACAGGGUCGACUCCAUCGGCGAUGAAAGAUGCAACAUUUCUAUACAAGGAUGAAGCGAUCAAGAAAGCAAGUUGUGAUAUCAAUAUUAUCUGCUACAGUUUGGUGUUGCUCCCGAACAAUAUCCUGAUAGCAUUAUCACAUCACGAGAAGAAAUUUAUUAAAUUCAAUCUUUCGGUUACGAAUAAGACGUUAUCUGCAGAGAUUCAAGACUCGUUUGCUGGUCAUCAGCUCCAUGGUGGCUACCUCACUGUAUCACCACAUUUAAGAUGGUUGGCAAGUUGUGGUCCUGAUGGUCAUCUGAUGCUUCGUGCUGUUGGUGCCCUGGAUCGUACUUUAACCACUCCAACUCAUCACCAUGGCAACGGUGGCGCAACCAGAGCUGUGUAUUCUGGGAAUGGUCAAAGCAUAUUCACGUUCGGCAAAGAUGACGUGCUGUCUUGUUGGCGGUGGAAUUUCACACAAAUGGGUAAAAGUAAAGCGUUGUCAGCAUUGGACGCGUCUAAGACACGCAACUCGCAGCUUAGCAAGGUGAGAUCUGAGCAGAACGCUGCGGCGAGGCAUAGGGCCGAGUGGAAUCCAUCUGAAAGUCAGACGAAUAUGACUGGGAGCGAGUUACAUACCGUGGAUAGCGAUCUACUACAUCAAGGCCACGAUAUCACUUGGUUGGAGAGAGUCACCGCACAGGCACGUCGCGAGGAAGACGGAAAGCACGCGGAACGGAAAAAAGUGCUGAGGAAAGAACUACAGCAUUUGAGAGAGCAAAUUAUGGCGUUGAUUGAGGAGAACUCCACUCUGCCUGAAUUGGAAAAGUUGGAACGUUAUGAAUUCAAUCUGGAUGAGGAGGAACGACAGCGAUUGAUUGCGUUGGGGGAACAGAAUGUUAAACAGGUUCGGGAAGAAAUCGAACUGGAAAAUCUGGCGAAGAUGUAUCUUCGUAGCGUUAUCAAGCAGGAAUGUUGGGACUCAAUGGUCGUGAAGGGACACGGUGUGAAAGGCUUCCAUUCACCCCUUAUGGUCACCAAUUAUCCCAUGAGAGAACGAAGCCCCGAGGAACUACAGGAACUCGCGUUCGUUACCAGGCAACGGAAUAUCGAGUGCUCGGAAAUGGAAUCACGCAAGACCAUCCUUGGGGAAGAUAACAACAAUGUCAUCUUAGGCGACGAUGAUGAGGAUGAGGCCCCGGAGGAAAAACCUGUCAACGAUGCCGGGGGAAUUACCCCAGCCAUAUACGGCAGUCGUGCGACAAGUUAUGGCGGGGGCAAUGAAUUGAUCGCUGAUCAGUUUGAUCUGUACACAACACAACAGAAACACAACCAGAUUGUUUUGAUUCAGGACGGCAUCUACAAAAUCAAGAAAUCAUUUAACUCCGUAUUUGACGAAGUUUAUCGCAACAAAGUGGCUGAGGUGAAACGCAUCGAAGAAAAGAACGUAAGAAUCAAGAAGAUCUUGGGUGACCUCGGUUUGAACGAUGUCAUUCUUGAACCGGUGAUGGAUACGGAUGAACGUCCGGAGACCUUACUGGAUGUCAAGGACAGUGAGGUACCUUUCGAGAGGUUUAUCACCAAGGAAGAACAGACUAAAAUCGAGGAAGAGAAAAAGAAAGAGGAGGAACGUCGCCUUGCAGAAAUGGCCGACAACGCGAGGGAACGUGCGUUGUUUCAAAUGAUGAAAGGUGUGUUGGAGACGAAUCCUGAGGACGAGCUCAAGAAGGACCUGGAACGACCGGAGAUCCUGAAGAAACCCGAGGAGGAGUGGGGCGAGGAUGAACAUCGCAUCGCGAAGGAAUUUGAGAAGAAAGAACAAGAAUUGAAAGAACAGAGGGAAAAAUACAAGAAAUCUUUGGAAACAGAACUGAGGAAACAUCAGGGGAAUAUUAACGAAGCUACGACAGCCUUUGACGAGAAAUUAAAUCAGUUGUUUCAAAGGAAAAUUAAGACAGAGUUGACCAUAUUUCAGGAAGAACUGAAGGUCCUUCGACUCACUGCGGCCAUUGUCGCUGAGGAGGAACUAAACACUCGCGAGGAGCAUUUAGUUCAUGUUUUGGAAGAGAAGAAACAAAAAAAGGGAAGACUUGCUAAUGCUCUUGCUGAGGCGAAGCGUGAAAUGGCGAUCUUUCGCGACGAAUACGAGAUUAUGAUGGCGGAUGACAAAGCUUUGGACAAAGGUUUCAAGCGAGAUUUCAGCGAUCAAGAUCCUCACAGUGUUGACCAGUUGUAUAAACUGUUUAAACGGCGACCAAGAGGUCAGAAAACUCUGAAGGCAGCCACGGAUGUUCACGCUGAAGGCGAGACUACGUUCAAACAGUCUCACACGGGGAUGCAUUCCCUGGAGAAAGCAAUGGCGGAACUUGAUCACCCAGGGCACAUGCCCGAGGGACUUGAUGAACAUGUUUGGCAAAGACUAGUGCAGGCACGAAGGAUUAAAGUCGAGAGCGAGCAAAAGGUGAAGACAAAAGCAUUAGUUUUGGCCGACAUGAACGCUUUUCUGCAACGACGAUACGAACAGGACGAAUCACUUCGAACUGAAAUUGAGAGGCUCUUCAAAGAGUUACAAAAUUUACGCGAAGAAAAGACGAAGUUUAUCAUGGAUUUGGAAGUUCAAUUGCUGCUGAAACAAGGCCAGGUCGAAGUUCCGCCAGAUUCUUUCAUCACAGAUUACUCCGAAAGCGCUUUGGUUCAUCGUUCUGUGAUUGAGGAUUUAAACGCGACAAUAAGGUCGUUGGGAGAUGUCAAAAUCAACAUUAUGGUCGAAAGUAAAGAUUUUAGGAAAGGGAUCCAUGCUUUGGAAUGGGAACAUAAGAAAAUGAGGAUGCAAAUUGAAGAUUUAGAAACAAGAGCUCGUGAUAUUCAGCUAUUGAGGGUGACCAAAGACUUGCAACAGUACCUUGGUGAAGUCGACCAACAAGCUAUUCAACAGAAAGAAGUAGCGACGUUGGAACAAACACUUCAAUUGUACCACAAGACCCACGCGAGGAACGUGGAAGAUCGCCAGCGAGUGAUUCGCGAUUUGAAAAAGGCGAUCAGGAAAAAAGAGAUUGAGAACGAAAGAAUGGACGUCGACUUGGAGGAAAUGGCGCUUAAAGUUGCUGAGAGAAAGAACGUCAGCGAUCCUAAUGCCGAAAGUCAGGUGGAAGCGAACAGUGAACGAAGGCUGAAGAACAUCGUCGCACGUCGUAAACUCGUCGAGUUGGCGAAGGCUCAAUCACAAGAGGUCGCGGUAUUGCGAGCUGAGGUUGAACGACUACGCAUGCGCACAUUCCCAGCCUUGGUACAGGUUGAUCCAUAGUUAAGUAUUUUUGUGUAAGUUAAAAUUUUGAGCCGGGACAGUGUAAAUAGUUCUAGAGUGCUGUUCUUGUUUUCAUU